AUGAACUUGGAGCUAUGUGCACCAUAUCAAGAUGAUGAGAAAGCCGCCCUAUUUCAAAUGUACCCGACUAAGUCACUGGGCCCAGAUGGCAUGCCUCUCGAAUUUUUUCAAAAAUAUUGGGAUGUGGUGGGUGGUGAGGUGAGCAUGGCAGUGAGGAGCUUUUUGGUCACUGGUAGAUUGGCUCGUCAGAGUGCCUUUAUUCCAGGCCGGUUGAUUACUGAUAAUUCUCUGAUAGCAAAUGAGGUGUGUCAUUUUAUAAAUACUAAUGUUUCUGAGGGUGUGAUGUCACUGAAAUUGGAUAUGAGCAAGGCUUAUGAUCGGAUGGAAUGGAUCUUCUUGGAGGUUGUUCUUCUUGAUCAGCUGGGCUUUGAUGAGCAUUGGGUUAAGUUGGUGAUGCAAUGUGUGAGUACAGUUAGCUAUUCUUUUCGAAUUCUAAUUAAUGGGAAGCUUUGUGGAUCUUUAAAUCCGACUCGAGGCUUAAGACAAGGCAAUCUUUCGCCUUACUUGUUUCUUAUUUGUGCUGAGGUGUUUUCUGUGUUACUGGAGAAAAAAACUUCAUUUGGUUUGCUUCAAGGCAUUACAAUUUGCUUUGGUGCACCUAAUAUCCAUCACUUAUUAUUUGCUGAUAACAGUUUAUUGUUUGGUAAAGCUUCUGAGAAUGAGUGUAUCAAUAUCAGAUCUAUUCUAGCAGAUUAUGAAGCAGCUUAUGGGCAGCAGAUAAAUCUUUUGAAGAGUGAGGUUGUGUUUAGUAGAGUAGUGUUUAAUGUUACGAGUACUACUUUGGCGGGUUUAUUAGAGGUUAGGACUGUUGAGAAACAUGAGAAAUGGGUACUGAAACCUUGGGUUUCCCCACCAGCUGGCUGGUUGAAGGCCAAUUUGGAUGGAGCUUUUCAGAUGGGUACUAACCAAGGAGGUAUUGGUGUUGUGUUUCGAGAUUCUACUGCGAGUGUGGUGGGAGGAAUUUGUUUAAAGGUUUUUAAUGUGUAUACUCCAAAGAUGGUUGAGGCCUUUACCGGGAGAGCAGCUUCAGAGUUUGCUGUAGAGUUUCACCUCUCCCCUUUAGUGUUUGAGUAUGAUUGCUCCAAAGUGGUUAAGGCUUGUUCAGGAUAUGUGGAGGAUGAGUCUGCAUUUGGUCAUGUGAUUGCUGAUAUCAAAACUGAUUUGUCUACUAUGCCUUGCUCUUUCUUUGCUCAUGUAUUUAGAGAGUCCAAUUUAGUGCAUUGCCGACAAAUUGGCUAA